AUGCGUUGAAAGUUAUUAAAAAGCAGUUAAUUUUUAAUGUGUUUGUAAUGAUGGAUAUUAUACUGAUGGAUCAAACCAAUGUUAAAUUUGCAAUUCUCCAUGCUCUGAAUGUGAAGAUAAUGCUGAUAAGUGUAUUGGAUGCAUAUCUACUUUUACAUUAAGUUAAUCUAUACAAAAUAAAUGUGUUUGCUCAUCUGGAUAUUAUUAAGUUAAUCCUACAACAUGUUAACAAUGUAUAGCCCCUUGUUUAACUUGUGAAUAGAAUUAAAAUCACUGCCUUAGUUGUGUUGAUGUAAAUUAAGAAUUAAAUGAAUUAAAUCUUUGUGUUUGUAAAACAGGAUGGAUUAUUAAUACUAAUGGUAUCACUUGCAUUUAAUGUUAAUUGCCAUGUUUAGAUUGUAUAUAGACAAUAAAUAAAUGUACUUCCUGUUAAGAUUAAUAAUAUUAAUCACCUGAUUCCUGUUUAUGUUAAUCUGGAUGGAUUUAUGAUAAUAAUUACUUUUGUAUUCCAUGCUUAUAACCUUGUUAAACUUGUUAAAUAUCUACAUCCUAAUGCUUAACAUGUUUGGAUGAUAAUCAUAUAAUAAAUAACUUAUCAUAGUGUGUUUGUAAACCUACUUAUUAUUCUGAUAGUUUAAUAACUUGUGCAAAAUGUAAUUAACCAUGUUAUGAAUGUGAUUCAAAUGGAUGUAUCAAUUGUUUAGAUAUAAAUUCUAUUCUUGAUUCUGAUCAUAAUUGUGUAUGUAAAUCUGGAUAUGUUAAUUAUGGAAUUUAAUGUCUUUAAUGUUAGAAACCUUGUUCUUCAUGUAUUAACACAGUUGAUAAAUGUUUAACAUGUUUUGAUAUAAACCAAACUAUCAAGAAUUUUUAAUGUAUAUGUAAUGAAGGGUUUUUAAUGAAAGGAUAAAUUUGUUGUGAUUAAUAUUGUAAUGAUUGUCAAGCAAUUGAUAAUUGUGGUCAAUGCAUGAAGGGAUAUUUUGUUUCCUCUAAUAAUAGAUGUUUAUAAUGUAUUGAUAAUUGUGAUUUUUGCUAUAAUUAAACAAAUUGUCAAUUAUGCUAAUUUGGAUAUUUUCUUAAUUAAUAGACAUAAUGUGAAUCAUGUAUAUCCAAUUGUAAAAUUUGUAAUAAUUCUUCUAAUUGUGAUUUAUGUUUUGAUGGAUUUUAUAUAUUGGAUUAUAAAUGUGAAAAAUGUAAUUAAAAUUGUUAAACUUGUAAUGAAUAAGCCUCAAAUUGCAUUACUUGUAGAUCUAAUCAAGUAAUUAAUAGUAACAACUAAUGUGUCUGUAUUGUUGGAUAUUUUGAAUAGUUUAAUGUAUGUCUUCAAUGUGAUUAUCCUUGUAAAGCCUGUUCAAGUUUUACUAUAUGUGAAGAAUGCCUUAUGCUAUCGAAUUUAUACUUAGAUGAAAAUUUUUAAUGUAAAUGCUCUAGAGGUUAUUUUUGGAAUCAAACGAACUGUUUGUAAUGCUAUAAAAAAUGCUUGACUUGUUUUGAUAAUUAAUUUAAUUGUCUUAGUUGUGAUUAAAAUCAACAUAGAAUAUUAAUAAAUAAUAAAUGUUAAUGUGACUAAAAUUAUUUUGAAAGUGAAGAUGGUUAUUGCAUUUCAUGUUUUGAUACUUUAGGAAAGUCUCAAAAGAAUUGCAAAUACUCAAAUUGUUAUGAUUCAAUAUGGACAUAUGGAGAAGAAUGUGAUGAUGGUAAUUUUGUAAAUAGAGAUGGCUGCUCUAAUUGUAAAAUAGAUCUCAACUACUCUUGUAAUAAUAUAAUACUAAAACCAUCAAAAUGUUUUCAAUGCUCAUCAAAUUGUAUAAAAUGUGAAUUAAAUCCUUUAACAAACAAAUCAUCAUGUAUUAAAUGUUAAAUUGGUUAUUUCCUAGAUAAAAACGAUUGCGUAGAGUGUUCUAUAAAUUGUUUUGAAUGUAUUGAUUAAGCUUACAAUUGUAUAAGUUGUAAGUUUCCAUAAUAGAAGAAUCUUAAAUGUUAAAUUUGUUAAUCUGACUCAGGAUACUAUUCAGAUGAUAUAAAAGGAAUUUGUUUGAAUAAUUGUGGAGACUCUAUAAAAGUAAAAGAGGAAGAAUGUGAUGAUGGAAAUCUUAUUAAAGGUGAUGGAUGUGAUGAUUAAUGCAAUUUAGAAGAAUAGUAUAUCUUUGUUAAUGGUUAAAGUAUCAUUCCAACUUAUCCAAAACCUACAUUAAAGAGUAUCGGAGACACUUAAAUAUAUUCUGUUAUUAGAUUAUUUAAAUUGUCUUAUGAUACUCCUAUUAUCAUUAAUGAUAAUUUUUAAAUUAAAGAUUAUCUUUCUAUUAAUAUCUCAAACUAAAAUAUUAUUAAACUCAUUGAUUAACCCUUUGAAUUAAGCUAAGAAAUUACAUAAAUUAAUGAAUUUAAUCUUUCAAAAUUAAAUUUAAUCAUAAAUAUCACUUUUUAGAGAGACUCAUAAGAUGAAAUUCUAUUGAUAAAAUUCUUAAAUAGCUCAGUAAUUUAUUCAAAUGAUGGAUACUCACAAAUAGAAAAAGAAGUUUCUUGCUCUAUACCGAAAGUGAUAUAUAUUGAUGAUGGUACCAUUACUCAAGUAAAGAUUACUUCUGAAAGUAAUACUUACAUGCUCUACUUUAUUUGUGUCAUGUGUGGAGGAUCAAUAUUAUUUGGUGGAUUUGAAGUUUUUUUCAAUUUAUUGGAUACUCUUUAGAUGCUAUCAUAUUUGAAAUACAUCAACACUCCUAUGCCUUAUAAUUUAUAAAUAUAUUUUGAGCUGUUUAGAUUCGCUUAAUUUAACUUCAUUUAAAAGAUUUUUGAUUUCUCAGGAUUUAUUGAAUCAAUUCUUGACAUAAACCAUUUAAAAAGAAUACCCACUAAAAUAGCUGCUGAUAAUUUAACUUCACUAUUCAUAAUUAAUGCCUCUACAAUUAUUACUGUCUGGAUUUCUCUUUUUGCUAUUUAUUCAAUUGCAAGAAUUGUACCUAAAAUUUUAUAAUCCAUUAAAUGUAAAUUUUAUUCUGAUAAUGAAAGUUAAAAUUAAUGGCUAAUCUAAUUUGGAGUAUAUUAUUUAACUAUUAAAUAUUUCAUUAAUAAGUUGUGUUUUAUUAUUGUCUCUGAAUUCUUUUUUAGUGGAAUUUUACGUGUUCAUAUGACAACAGCAUAUGACUUUUCUUUUAGUAUAAUUCUUUAAUUAUAUGCUUUGCAACCUUACUCAUCAAAUAUUUUUAUUAAUCUUAGUUCUAUAUUAGCUUGUAUGGCAACUAUAAUCUAUAUCUCGAGCAUUUAUUUUGUAAUUAUGAUAUCGUAAAUGAAAAAAUACUCCCUUAAUAGUAAACAAAUAUAAACUAAGUAUGGAUCAGUUUUUGAAGGCAUAAUAAUAAAUUAAUUUUCCAAAUACUUUAACGCUUUGCUUCUAAUUAAAAAGCUUAUUUUUAUGGUGUUGUUAAUCUUUUCUUACGAAUUUCCAACUUUACAAGCAUGUAGCAUUACUUUUCUAUCAAUCUCUACGACCCUAUUUUAAAUAUUAUUUUGUCCAUUAAAAGAUAAAAUAGAAUAUUUUAAAUAGUUAUUAUGUGAAGUUAGUGUUACUUUAACGCUUCUAGGUCUUACAAUUCUCACUUAUGAUUUUGAAUUAGAGUAUUUCCAGUAUAAAACUCGAUAAUAUAUUGGUUGGGGUUGUAUAUUUUUUAUGACCUCUAUUUUAUUUAUUUAAUUAGUAAUUGACAGUUUUUAAUAAUGGAAAUUUCUUUAUUAUAAAUACAAGCAAAUAAGAAAAAUAGCCCAAUCAAUAUUUAGAAUAUUUAAAAAAAAAAAUCAAGUUACUGCUCCAUCAAACAUUUUCUAAUGA